AAUUCAGCCGCAUCGUCCUGCUUCGAUCAUGGAGUUUGCUGGGGAUACCGAAUGCCGGAGUUAUUUCAUUCAUGGCUAGCUGCAGCCUAUUGACUGGUGCACCUCUUUCUUGCCUGCGGUCCCCUUCGUCUAAUUCCCGUUGAUAGCCGGAAUUCCGGCCGUACAUCAGGCCGUGGCCGUAAUUCGGGCCUGAAUUUUAGGAGCUAUGGCGCGGCCCGCGGAGAUUUUUCCGCCGCUUUUGGACCGUUUGAACACGCCGCACCCGUCCGUGCAGCGGUUCACAGUUGACGCGAUAUUCGCGCGAUUCGCGGCGCCAAGCACGGCGCCUCAGACCUGCACGCCCGCGCGCGACGCGCUGACGGCGUGCCUGACGCAUGCCACGUCAGCAGUGGUGGACCAAUCAGUGACGGCGCUUUGCGGGCUCGUCCAAUCAGGGCACUGCAAGGCGGAUGAAGCGCUGGCGCAUCUGCUGGCGGCGCUGCCAGCGGUGCGGGGGGAGGUGAAGCAGCAGGAAGGCGAGAGGGAGGGGGGGGGAGGGAAGGAGUGGAGGGGGGGGCGAGGAGGCGAGGUGCAAUGGCGGUGGACUUGGAGCACGCACCCUUUCACACGUCUAUUGGAGACACGAGACGAGACACAUCUCCCCCUGCUUCACCACCUCGCUCUCCUCCUCCUCUCCCCUCCUCCUCUCUCCUCCACCCCCACGGCCACCACCAAGAGUAGCAGCUCUAGCAAUAAAAGCAUCACCACUGGCACAAGAAAUGCCAGGAGCAGCGGCAGCAGCACUACCACCAUAAGCAACACCAGCAGCACCAAACCAAGCAACAGUGCCAGCAGCAGCAGUGACCGCGCUCUCCUCUUCUCCUCUCUCCUCCCGUUCCUCUGCCGCGCACUCCUCCCCGCCCCUUCCCCUCCCUCCCGCCUCCGCUUCAAAGCUGCUCUCCACACGCGAUUGGUCCACAUGGCGGCCACGUCAGCAGACCUCUUCCAGCCAAUCACGGGGCUGUUGGUGUCGCUGCUUCCGUGGCACAUGCUGUCGUCAGCAGCCGAUCGGGAGACCAUGCUGGCAUGUACGGGCGACCUCAUGGACCUGGCCUAUGCCGUGGCACCUUUAAAGGACAUGCAAGAAGCACAGAGCCAGAUCUACCACCACUCCCAAACCCUUCACACCGAAUCCAUCCCCAACCAACACGUGCAUGCACUUGCUUCCCUCUCGAGCCGCCUCUCUGCCUGUGCUCUUGCCCUUUCCCUCGAGCUGCAAGCUGCGGGCAGCAACAGUGCCGCUGGUGCUGCUGGUGCUGGUGCUGGUGCUGCACCCACUGCCGCCUCUGCUGCUGCUGGGUUGGCCUCUUCCCUCUUCCUCAUUCAGAAAGCCUCGCUGCUGCGGGCGCGAAUUGAAGCACAGAUAUGGGAGCAGAAGAGAGAAGAGGAGGAAGAGGCAGUGAGAGGGGGUAGGGGGGAGACGAGAAGAGAAGGGGAAGGCGUGGAGGAGGGUAGGGUGGAGCAAACCAGAGAGCGAGCAGACGAGGUGGAAGUACUUGGGUUGAUGCGCCUGCUGCUGUGUGGGCUUCCAGCGGACGAAGAGCACGCCACUGUGCUGGCAGUUCUGCAGCAGAGCCUCACUAGACUCUCUCUCUCUAGACACACUAGGCUCAAAGGUGCUGCUGACUCGGGUGAUGAUGACAUAAGACUCUGCAUUCCGCUUCUGCUGCUCCCCCUCCUCCACCUCCUCUCCUUCCCCUCGCCGUCUCUCAAGCUGUCCGCAGCACAUGCAAUCAACGCCUGCCUUGCUGCCACUGCAAGUCGGCCUCUCUUCUCACAGCAGCAGCAGCAGCAGCAGCAGCAGGCAAUGCUCGGUAACCAGCAGCAGUUGUGGCUCGUACGGCAGCAGCAGCAGCAGUGGAGGCAUCCUGACCUCUGGCACAUGCACCAGUUUGCUCAACUCUUUAUCUGCUUGACCUCUCACUCUCGCUUCAAGAACCAUCCAAUCGCCUCUCCCCAAUGGCAGCCCGGCACGUGGCACUCGCCAGAAACCUGGGCCAAUGAGCCCGUGCCACGUCAGCAUGAGCAUAUCGGUUCUGCUCCUGGAGUAGACAUGGACGACACAGCAGCUGACGUGGCAGGCUCUCAGGCGGUCAUUAACAGAAGGGGAGAGCAUGGGUGCCACGUGUCAGGCUCUGAUAGGUGGCUGGUAGCGCUGCAGCAGCAACUGAUUCAGAUCCGGAAAGAGACAGUGAGAAAGGCAGGGAGAGAGACGUCAGCCGGCAGCGGCUUGAGUCAAUCCCUCAUCCUCUCACUUGCUGCCCUCCUCCUCCCUCUCUCCACCCUGCACCACCCCUCCCCAUCCCUCCGCUCCUCCUCCCUCCUUGCCCUCUCCCGCCUUGCCUCCUGUGAGCCUCUCUGGGCGCUCUCACUGCUGCCACCUGUCCUCUGGAGCUUGAGCCACGUGGCACAGGGAGGGGCUAGGGGGAAGGGAGAGGUGGGAGGGGGGAGAGAGGUGAGGGAAGGGGGGGGUGGGAGUGAGGGAGUGGACGGCGAGGCCUGUCUUCAAGUGCUGUGUGUGCUGCCAAGCCUUGCGAGGCACUGGCUGGCAGCUGGCCCCGUGGUGCAAGUCCUGACAAAGCUUGCCGGCCAGAAGUCCCGCCCUCUCCUUGCAUCCGUCGCUCUGCGUCUCCUCCAGCAAGCGUGGGCCAUCACGGACCGCAUCUUCCCCUCGCUGCAGCCGCUGCUGCUGCCUCAGUCGCUCUCCACUCCCAGCACUGGCAGAAUAGACCCAAGGAGGGAUGCAGCGUCAGAGGCGGUGGUGCUGGCAGCAGCGGCGAGCAUACGCGGCGUGUGUCGCCACGACACGGAUCGGGCCGUGCGGCUGGUGCUGUCAGUGCAGGCGGCCAUUGAGUCGCGGCAUCCUUUGGUUGCCGCAUUCGGACUGGACGCCCUUGCGGCUCUCUGUGCCGCCGAUGCUGUGGAUUUCUUCACAGCAUGGAAAGUCGUCGCCAGAUCACACCCCUCCCUGCCCACCCAUCCAAUCACGGCCGCGUGUUGGUGCCACCUGCUGCAAUCCGCUGCUCUCGAUGCCGCCGCCUAUCCCGACGCGACACGUGGCAUCAUGGAGGGGCUGUGGGAAGCUGCCAGGAAAGGGAGGGAGGAGGGGGAGGUGAUUGAGGAAAGGAGUGGGGGAAGAAGGGGAGAGGAAGAGUGGAGGCAGACCCGUGCUUCUGCCUACACUGCACUAGCUGCUUUCUCGGUUGAUGACGUCACUGACGCAUGGCCCUACCCCAGUACCCACCUCGUACAAGCCUACCUCUCAGAGCCCUGUCCCUCCGUCCGCCAAGCCAUGCAGCCCCUGCUCGCCAAGCUCGCACACUACCAGCACAGAACCCGCCCCAGGGGUCGAUCGGCCAUCAAAGCAGCAGCGGCUGGAGGAGGAGAGGGAGCGGGAGGUGACAUGGCAUCUGCUGCCACGUCAUCUGGCGCGCCUGGUGCUGCCACGUGGCGCUCGAACAAGCUCUUGGCCGCCCUGCCCCGAUUGCUGUGUCCGGAGAGCUUUGGAGGGAGAAAGGGGAAAGAUGGACUAGAUGUACCUGCUGCCGCCUUGCUCCUAGUGCCGCCGCCACCACCAGAGCUACCGGCACCACCAUCUGCCACGUCAGCUCCAGCUCAGUCCACGUCAACACGGAGCAGAAGUACCGCUGGCAGCGCCAGGCAGGCACGGCUGAACCUUGAGAAGGCUCUCAAGGAACGAGACUCGCACUUCCACCGCAUCUUCCUGGAAGCGUCCCAGUUGCUGGGCCGCCCGGCCUUCUACCCGCUGGUGCUCUCGUCCCUCGCCGCCUGGACGCACUUCAUGCGCCAAUGGUACCGCGCCAGGUGCCGCCUGCUGCACGCUACAGCCGCCGCUACAGCCGGCGCUGCUACAGCGGCUGCUGGCCCUACUGCGGGUGGUGCCGCUGGUGUUACUGCUGGUACGGCGGCUGCCGCUACUGCAGCAGAAUCAGCAGGAAGGGCCAGAGGGGGAGGAGGAGACGCAGCGACAGCAGCAGCAGUGGGGCUAUGGGAGGUGGUGACUGGAGGGCUGGAGAGCGGCGUUCCAGUGGAGGCUGAGAACAGCGCGCUCGCCCUGGCUGCUCUCUGCCAAGCUCUGCCGCCCUCCCUGCACCGCCUUGUUGCGUCCGCUGCCGACCUGCUCAGGGGGAGGCUCAAAGAUGAAAGCUCAGGGGGAGGCGCAGGGGGAGUGGGGGCAGGGGGGGAGUUGGGGGAAGAAGAAGGGGGGAGUGGAAGGGGAGUGGGAGGGGGGGGAGAGGGGGAGUGGGCGUGGGUGGGGGGGGAUUGGGCGGUGCUGGCUGGUUGCCGGCGAGUGGGUGGGCGUUUGCGCUGGCGUUGGGUGCUGUGGGGGGGUGCCUUCACCCCACGGAUGCUCACAUGCGCCUCAGGAUAGCCAUUCUGCUGACCAAGUUCCUCAACCAAUCAGGAGUCGACAGCUCUCUCCGCUUUGCAGCUGCUGUCUCCCUCGGGACCAUCGCAGCGAGCCAGGUGGCGCUCUCCCAUUCGUCGGCUGCAGAAGGCGGCAGCAGCAGCGUUGGCAGGGGCGCUGACUCAGCAGCAUCUGCAGCAGCAGCAGCAGCAACGGUACGAACGCUCUGCGCCGUGAUUGGUCGGUCCUCCCCCCAGUCUCUCGAGGAUCUGGCGCAGGUUCUGUGGAAGCUUCCUGGGGAGAUGGGCCGGGCGGUUACUGUAGCACUGGGGG